GCAUCGGCCAGCCUCUCCUCCCAGGACAGGUCGUCGGUCCAGGCCGCUUUCUUCUGCCGUCUUCGCCUUCGUUUCUGUGACCCCGACCCGGCUCUCCCUUCGUCAGCCGGACUAACGCUAGUUGAAAACAGCACGGAGGAUCUCCUCGGAUAAAAUAUAUUUGGUCUGACAGCCAUGACUGACCUGCAGCAUUUCGCUGUUAAAAACAUGUUUCCGAGAAAUAUGCGAGACUAUGAAACAUUGAAAAUACAACAUUCACAAUAAGAACUGCAUCAGACUCUUAGAAGCUUGAAAAACAUGCUUCAGAUCCACAGCAACUUCUUGUUUGAAAGUCACCUUUUGGCGCUUUUCACGCCACCUACCGGACUGGAGUGUGAACGAUGGGCAAAAAGGGAAAACAGCGCGCGUGUUACUUCUGACCUGUUGGAGUCAUUAGCGCAGAAUGGGAAGCCUCCAGACGAGAACGGCAGUGCUGUAAACGGAGGUGGACCCGGCCUGAGACACCGCGGCGAGAGAGACGGAGCUAAUGCGUCUCAGGGCCCCUCGGAGUCCGAUAAAUCUUACACAGCAGAGCAGCUGGAGGCGGUCAGAAAGAUUAAGAGCUGUAAAGAUUACUAUCAAAUUCUGGGAGUGGAAAAGUCAGCUUCUGAGGAGGACCUUAAGAAGGCCUACAGGAAGCUCGCCCUGAAAUUUCACCCAGAUAAAAAUCACGCCUGGCAUGGGGAGGAGCAAACACAACCAAGCAGACACAGACAUCAUCACGAUUUUGAAGCAGACAUUUCUCCUGAGGACCUUUUUAACAUGUUCUUUGGUGGAGGCUUCCCAACAAGUAACGUCCAUGUUUACAGGAAUGGAAGAAUGCAUUUUGCACACCAGAAUAGACAAGAAAGAAGAGAACAGCAGAGAGAUGGCGGCUUCGCUCUGCUGGUCCAGCUCAUGCCCAUCUUAAUUCUCAUCGUUGUUUCUGCUCUCAGCCAGUUGAUGGUCACGCAGCCUCCGUACAGCCUUAGCUAUCGUCCAUCAGCCGGACAUAUUCACAAAAGACAUACGUCACACCUAAAGGUGCCUUUCUUUGUGGGGGACCGUUUCAAUGAAGAAUUUACAGGCAAUAACCUGAAGACUGUUGAAAGAAGUGUAGAAGAAGACUAUAUCUCUAACCUAAGAAACAACUGCUGGAAGGAGAAGCAGCAGAAGGAAGGCUUGCUGUAUCGUGCUCGUUACUUUGGGGACUCAGAGUUGUACCAAAGGGCCCAGAGAAUGGGGACCCCUAGCUGUUCCAGACUAUCUGAGAUUCAGGUCAUACUGGAUGGCUAGGAGAGACUUGCACACACAUGGUUCAUCGGUACUUGAAUCUACUGGGAAGAAAUGAGUCUGAGCCCACUCUAAUUGGAGCAUAUUUCUGCAGCGAACCAAGAGAAUCUAAACAAGCCUUACACUCAGUGUGCAGAGACCCCUCUUUUAGGGGCCUCCAUGCCACUCCAUCCACUUCCUGUAGAGCUGCGAGAAGCUUCGAGCUGCCUGCUGACAUUUUCUUCCUCUCCUCUCUCAAACAGUGGUGAGAGUCCGAUGGGCAUCAUGGCGGAAAUUGAGCGUGCUGUUAUCUGUUUGAAUGAUAAAGAAGGGUGCUGAGAUUAGCUUCCUCUAUCCUGAUCUUUUUAUUUUUCCUGGAGAAACCUGAAGGCCUUUCUUCACAGAUAAGACAGUCUGAGCCACUCGUGAGGAAUAAAAAGUUUUUGUCAUUUUUAUAGUUCUUACCGAUGUAAAUACUCAUUUUACUUAACAGUGCAGGGGAUGGUAGUCAUUUACAAAACUGUUUUGUGAAUUUGCUUGUAGCCUGUUGGAUCAUAACUAGUAACAAUUGUUGCACAAAUAAAAGGAAAGCAUAUUUAUUAAAUUAACAACCUAAAAUUCUAUACAUUUAUUUGAAUAAAAGUUGUCCAAUGAUU